AUAAACUAUUACAGCAGCUUAAUACAACAGUCAUAUAGAAAUAAAAAUUGACCCUUUCUGCCUUUAGAUCCCUCUCAAGAGACUAGUUGAUAUAUUUAUUCACUGUACAUCCUUUUAUUUGUGAAUCUUAUUUUCUGCUGUCAAACAUUUCCUUAAUGAGGCACAUGAGUUUUCUAAUGUAUAUAUGUUGGAGGGCUAAAGUCUGCAUGAAUUAAUGAAUGUAAAAAAAACUAAAUUCAGAUCAUUGAAAACUUUUUGGACUUCGGAUUUAAAAAUAAAAGGUACUUUUAUGGGUUAAAUGUGCAUUUGGAUCACUUGAGGUAAUUUAACAGAAAUGUUUCUUUAAAAAUUCUGAAUUCAAGAUCUUUAUGUGAAAAUGAGUUGUUUGUUGAAAAACUAACAAAAACACCAAAUAAAUAUCUAGAUGAUUCAAAUAAGUAAUAAUUUUUCAUCAUACCAUUAAACAUGAUGCUGAAUGCUUUAGAAAGAUUUCAUGAAAAAGUUAUUCCUUUUUUCCAAAGAUGUUGCACCAUGUUCUUCCUCAUUAUUCCCCCAAAAUAUAGUUCCAGAUGACACUUUUAUUGCCCCUUUUAACUAAAGUUUGACAUCUUCAGCCUGAUUUGCUAAAUUAGCUGUUCAACAUUUUGAGUAUCACUCCCUCUUGUGUCCAAAUGUUGCUACUGCACCCAUUUUCAUUUUUAAUUCAUAGGAAUGCGAUUUUCUGACACGCUCGCUCUGCCAAUGAACGUCGCUGUUACAUAACCUGAUGAUCCAGACAACUGCAGACCUAGAAUCAGCUAAAGUUUGGGGGGUUCAUGAAUGAAACAUCCAUUGAUGUUUUCUGGAGGGUUUUUAUUUUUCUCGAAAUUUGCUAAUAAACAAAAUCCAUUUUUAUUAAUCAGAUGUUUGUCUCAGACAGAUUUCCUAGAGAUUUUAAAUAAGAUAAGCACUGAGUCUCUGUAAAGGGGAGUGGGUUCAGCUGGCCAGAGGGCUGAUACUGAAGCAACCCUGAGCUUCUGCCUGCUGUGUGACGAAGCCAGCAUUAGCCAACCACAGCCCGCGUCAUCAGCACAAGAGGACACACACCUCGGAGCUGCCGAGUGAGAUUCCCGCUGCCUCUGACGCUCCAACCACCCUCACUUUACUUCUGUGUUACUUUACUUAGGUCUGCGCUCAUUAGCCUAAACGAUGUGAGCGCUGCGGAGAUGCUGUGCGGGAGCGUGCCGGUGCGCAAAAGGAGAGUCUCCAUCCCUCUCCUCACAGAGAAGAAGCUGGAUUCGGAGCUCCAGAUGUAUUUAUUCCCUUGUACCACGCGCCGGGGACGAAGUUGUGCGUUAUUCUCUCCACUUUAACCCUCAGUAAAUCCUCAUUGAUGAGAUUUCUCUGUGCGUCUCCAAGGCUUUGGUUCACAGAGGACCGUCUUAUGAAGCGCAGCCAUGGCAGUGGCGAAUAUGCUGUUCUCUGACGUAGAAAGUUUUCUGGACUCGCACCCCGACUUAUUCGAGGACUACUUGAACAGGAAGGGCAAUUAUAGCAUGGUGGAGAAAUGGCUGAAGAACCACCGGGCGAGCAAAGGUCCGACGGCCGCCGCGGCUCGGGCCGAACCACGCGAGGAGAAGGGCAGCGCGUGCAAGGACAGCUGGGCGAGCAAAUGUGACGGUCUGCAGCGGAGAGCGUCUCAGAAGGAGCUGCGCAAAACUUUCGCCAGAUCCAAGGCCAUAAACGUCAACAGGACUUACGACGAGCACGUGAACUCCAGGGCGCAGGAGCCGCUGACGAGCAUGAGGAGGAGAGCCUUGCUGAGGAAAGCCAGCUCUCUCCCCCCGACCACUGCGCACAUCCUGAGCGCGCUGCUGGAGUCCAGAGUCAACAUCCCCCAGUACCCGUCCACCGCCGUGGAUUUUAAAUAUUACCUCAAACAACACAACGAAAGAGAGUUUUUCCUGGAGCUCGUCAAAGACAUCUCCAACGACCUGGAUCUAACGAGCCUCAGCUACAAAAUCCUGGUGUUUGUUUGCAUCAUGGUGGAUGCAGACCGGUGCUCCUUGUUUUUGGUGGAGGGAACUGGCAACAAGAAGACACUAGUGUCCAAAUUCUUCGACGUGCAUGCGGGCACCACGGUGUUGCCUUCAAUGAACUCGGAUGAAGUUCAGGUGCCGUGGGGGAAAGGGAUCAUUGGAUAUGUGGCCGAACAUGGAGAGACCGUGAACAUUCCUGACGCCUAUCAGGACCGUCGAUUCAGUGAUGAAAUCGACAAGCUGACAGGAUACAAAACCAAGUCCCUCCUGUGCAUGCCCAUCCGCAACAGUGAUGGUGAGAUUAUCGGAGUUGCUCAGGCCAUCAACAAGACCUCAAGUGGGGAGCUCUUCAUCGAAGAUGACGAGAAGGUUCUGCAGAUGUAUCUGCCCUUCUGUGGCAUUGCCAUCUCCAACGCUCUACUCUUUGCUGCCUCAAGGAAGGAGUACGACAGGAGUCGGGCCCUCCUGGAGGUUGUCAAUGAUUUGUUUGAGGAGCAAACUGACCUGGAGAAGAUUGUUAGGAAGAUCAUGCAUCGCGCUCAAACGCUGCUUAAAUGUGAGCGCUGCUCCGUCCAGCUGCUGGAGGACAUCGAGUCACCGGUGGUCAAGUUUACAAAGUCAUUUGAGCUGCUGUCCCCUAAAUGCAGCGCAGACACUGAAAACAGUUUUAAAGACAGCAUGGAAAAGUCCUCUUACUCAGACUGGCUGAUCAACAACAGCAUCGCAGAGUUGGUGGCGUCCACAGGGCUCCCCGUCAACAUCAGUGAUGCCUACCAGGAUCCUCGCUUUGACGCUGAGGCAGACCAGUUCUCGGACUUCCACAUCCGCUCUGUGCUUUGUGUUCCUAUAUGGAACAGCAACCACCAAAUUAUUGGUGUCGCUCAGGUGCUCAACAGGCUCGAUGGGAAACCAUUUGAUGAUGCAGACCAACGUCUUUUUGAGGCCUUUGUGAUAUUUUGUGGACUGGGCAUCAACAACACAAUCAUGUACGACCAAGUGAAGAAGUCUUGGGCCAAGCAAUCGGUGGCGUUGGAUGUUCUUUCUUACCACGCUACCUGCUCCAAGACAGAAGUGGACAAAUUCAAGGCUGCUAACAUCCCCCUCGUCUGCGAGUUGGGCAUUGAUAAACUCUCCUUUGAUGAUUUCUCCCUGGAUGUCGACGCCAUGGUAACAGCUGCUCUUAGGAUGUUCAUAGAGUUGGGAAUGGUGCAGAAAUUCAAAAUCGACUAUGAGACUCUGUGCAGAUGGCUGCUGACCGUCAGGAAAAACUACAGGAUGGUUCUCUACCACAACUGGAGACAUGCGUUCAACGUCUGCCAGUGCAUGUUCGCCAUGCUGACGACAGCGGGUUUCCAAGAGACGCUGACAGAGCUGGAGAUCUUAGCUCUCAUCGUAGGUUGUGUGUGCCACGACCUGGACCACAGGGGCACCAACAAUGCCUUUCAGGCCAAGACGGGUUCAGCCCUCGCUCUGCUUUAUGGGACCUCUGCUACACUGGAGCACCACCACUUCAACCACGCUGUUAUGAUCCUGCAGAGCGAGGGUCACAAUAUCUUCUCCAACCUGUCGUCCACAGAGUACAGCGACCUCAUGCAGCUGCUCAAACAGUCCAUCCUGGCCACGGACCUCACUCUUUACUUUGAGAAUAGAAAUACCUUUUUUGAGCUGGUUAAAAAUGGAGAAUACAACUGGAACGUUAAGGGACACAGAGACAUGUGCAGAUCCAUGAUGAUGACGGCGUGUGAUCUAGGUGCCGUCACGAAACCCUGGGAAAUAUCACGCAAGGUGGCCGAGUUGGUGACGAGUGAGUUUUUCGAGCAAGGUGACAGAGAGCGGCUGGAGCUGAAGCUCACGCCCUCCGCCAUCUUUGACCGCAACAGGAAGGAUGAGCUCCCGGGGCUUCAGCUGGAGUGGAUUGAUGGGAUCUGCUCGCCGCUGUAUAAGACUCUGGUCAACUUGAAUCCUAAGCUUCAGCCCAUGCUCGACAUGAUCCAAGCAAACAGGGCCAAAUGGGAGGAACUAAACAGGAAGAGACAGUGUGGUCCGAGUGUUUCUGGCUCCAGCAGUGGUGACGGCACAGGAACCAGCAGCUGCACGGGGACCAAAACCGGAGGCACACCCUGCUGCAGCGGCGAUGCUGAAAGCACACAAUCAAAGGCAGCAAAUUCCCCGAGUUGAAGGCUUACAGAGCCGUGUUUGGCAGGCUACAGAUCAGCUGAUGACAUUGUGUCAGAAAAGAAACUCAAAGCACUGUGUCAACACGUCGACUCACAUCAACUGUUCCAGGCAUCGCACAGAUUAUUUUGACCAAGGACCUGAAAUGUAAUGUUCCUCUCUGUUGUGGUUUAGUUUGCUCUUGGUAUCUCUGUGUUGCUUGCUUUUUAUUCAGGGGUAAAAGGACAUUUUUUUGUAAAUCUGUAAAAAGGCUACUGAGUUAUUUUAAAGAAAUACUGUAUGCAUCGCAUUUGGAUGAAGAGGUGCAGAAACAAACGGACCUGUGACGCUUGCAAUGCAAAUUGAAGUUCCCACUCCCUCCCUUCCUGUGCCUUGUUUUGAGACCCUACUGAAAAAUGCAUGGCCUCUCAGACGAGGCUCUUAGAUAUUUGGGGAAUUCACAUUGAAGUCGUGCUGUGUUUCUGCCAUUAGUUUAGAAAAAAAAAAAAAAAACAAGGAAUGCAGUCACGACCCCUUGUGAGCCACAAAGAACUAAGAGUUUUACAAAUGGAAAUAUAUGUUGCCCAAUUUUUAAAGUGCAGGGCUUCAACUUGUCACACACGUACACAAUGUGCCUUGGGAAAGUUCUGAUAUCAUGUCAAUUUCUACAGGACAAGUCUUCAGCUUAUCUGCAACAUAAAGUAUGUCACGUUUUAUUUCUAAAGUAGUAAUUCUGUUGGAGUCUUUUUUUUUUUGCUGAUGGCUUAAUAUUCAUAGAAACAUAAAGCCACAGUGAGUCACUAGUUAGCUAAACUGUCAAUUCAAUUAAUAAAAGUUAGAAAUUG